ACCUUUCUCUAAAAGUCUCAACCUACCUUUUCAAUAUUCCCUUUCCCGGCAAGACGUUUGGUGUAGCUUUAAAAAAAGAAAAAAAGACGUUUGGUGUAAAUUUAAUUAUGUCAAAACUACAACCAAAUUUGAACUUCACCAUUCACUGUUGUUGUUGUUGACCGUUCUAUAAAAACCUAGAAUUCUCUCUCACUCACUCGCUCGCUCGCUCACUCACUCACUCUUCCUUCAAAUUUCAAUGGCGUCCGUACAACUACAAGCCUCAAUCCCUGCUGCAAUCUCUGCAAUCCGUACUCGCAACCCGUACUCGUCUGCCUCUUUCACACCUUCUCCGCCGCUGGUUUCAUUCGCUGCUAAGUCGCCGGAGACUCACCGGAAACGCGUUGGCCGGAGAUUCGCCUGCAGAGCUAUGGUUCAGCAGGCCGUACAAGGAGCUCCCGCCGCCUAUGCCAAGGAAAUGGAGAGGCUUUCCGCUAAAGAAUCCCUUCUUCUCGCCUUUAAAGAUUCUGGGGGUUUUGAAGCCUUAGUAACUGGUAAGACGACGGAAAUGCAGCGCAUUGAUGUGAAUGAGAGGAUAACUGGUCUGGAGCGGCUCAAUCCGACGCCUAGACCAACAACGUCGCCCUUUCUGGAAGGUAGAUGGAAUUUUGAGUGGUUUGGGUCUGGAAGUCCAGGAUUAUUUGCUGCUAGAAUUUUAUUCGAGAGAUUUCCUUCGACUUUGGCUAAUUUGUCAAAAAUGGACGUGGCGAUCAAGGAUGGAUAUGCAAAGAUUACAGCGAACUUGAAAUUAUUGAACUCGAUAGAAAGCAAAUUUAUUCUUUCCACCAGGUUAUCUGUGGAGGGACCACUACGAAUGAAGGAGGAAUAUGUUGAAGGGAUUCUUGAGUCCCCAACAGUUAUUGAAGAAACGGUACCAGAACAGCUAAAAGGUGCACUUGGCCAGGCAGUUAACACAAUGCAACAAAUGCCUGUUCCUAUUCGGGAUGUCAUUUCCAGUGGGCUGACAAUUCCUCUUAAUGGAGCCUUCCAAAGACUAUUUAUGAUUUCUUAUCUUGACGAGGAAAUACUUAUAAUAAGGGAUACUGCUGGAGUGCCCGAAGUUUUAACAAGGUUAAGUGCUCCUUUGUCUGCAGAACCAAUCGCAGAGUAUGAGAGUUAGGAAUUCUACCUGUAUGACAACUGAAAAUUUUCUCUACUUCAAUCAGAUACCAUUUUGAGUUAAGAAUUACAUUUCAUCUCUCUCAGCCGCUUCUAGCUUUUUAUUUCCUUGUUCCAAUGUAUAGAUGUUUUUUGAUUAAAACAAAAAAUAAUAAUAAAUAAAUUUGGAACUA